CAUGCUCUCUCUUGUCUGUCUUUAAGCGCUCUCCGACAGCUCUCGCAAAUAACGGUAGCCCGUGUUAGCACGUGAAUCGAUACGUUCGAUUAUCGUUUAUCGUUCAUCGAACACUGAAGUGGAUUUUUUUUUUAUUGUAUUGUAUUUGUGUGUUUCGAAGUGAAAUGGAAUUUGUUUAAUUUUAAUUGCACGCAGCAAGCUGCCGGCAAAACAACAACAACAAAAAAGGCAAUAACAACAUCAACAGCAGCGACCAGAUUUCAUUCAACCUGAGAUAAAAACCUCAACAAUAACAACAACAACAGCAGCAUCAGGAGAAAAUAGCUGAUAAACAGACAAUAAUAAUAAAACAAAGGCCACGGACGCCGCUUCAAUUAGCCUUGUCAAUGAGCCAGUGAGCCAUCAGCAAUGACAGAGACCAGCAGCAAUCAUCAACAGCAAACCGGUGGCCGGCAUUCGGCUUCACCGGCUCGCACCAUUGAUUCGCAUGAUUCCACCACGGGCAGCCUGGACACCAUUGUGGAUCGCAGUUUGAAUCGCGAGGAGCUGCUCCAGGUGGUCACCACCAUUGAGCAGAGCACAAAUACAAAUACGAGUGGCGGCAGUUUGACCAACUCGCAGAUUGGUAUGCUAGAGAAGCAGCGGGAGGAGCACGAUCAGGAUCAGGAUCAGGAUCAGGAUCAGCAGUCGCGUCAAGAUGCCCAGAGUCACAUAUAUUCGAGUCCCGUUUAUGAUGAGAAGCCGCCGGCAUUGAAACUCCUCUCUGCCGCCUUGGAUUUGGAUACGGAAAAGAGCAAGGCAGCCGCUGCAGCGGCAGCGGAACAGCCCAAAUUGAUAUCCCAUCAGGAGUUCAAGCAGCAGCUGGAGGAGGCAAUGGCCACGAGACAACAGCAGCAGCAGCCUGGUAGCCAGGCGGCGACAUUGAAGAGUGCCGCCAAUACGUUGGAUUCACGUAUAAGCCGGAAGCAGCGUUGUCCCCCGGAAUUCAUCAAAUACAAGGGUGGAGCUGGUAGUGAGGGUGGAGGCAGUGCAUCCACAACCUCGCUCUCCUCCAAGGAUCGCCGGCGCCGCAAGGCUAGCAAUGAAUGCUGCUCGGCCUUCCCGCUGCAGAUUGUCCUCGGAACACUGCAACUUCUGCUGGCCAUCACCCUGGUGGCACUCGGUUCGCUGCUGAUUGUUCGUGAGGCGGCACUCUCGAUGGCCGGCUGUGGCAUCUGGACAGGACUGACGGCCGCCGUGACGGGUUCUCUGGGUGUGGUGAGCAUGCGGAAGACGCAAACGGCCUUCCUAGCAUUGAGUUUGGUUUGCAUUGCCACCAGUACCCUGGCGUUGGCCAUUUCCGGUGUGGGUUUAUCGCGAGAUCUCAACCGGAUGGCAGAGCAGAAAGGCAAGGAUGAGCAGUUCGAUUUGAUAACCACAAACAGUGAGGUAUCCGCCGCCUGUGGACUGAUAUUUGCCCUUUUCCUGCACUUUGUUGUUAGCAUUGUGUCCGUUUAUAGAUGCGCCCUGCAAAUCUGCACCAAAUCCCAACAUAGUGAGCUGCGUGAUGUCAUCAUCAAAUCAAACGCCUCGGGCAUUGCCUUGGAUCAGCAAAAGGUUGAUCAGUACAUCAAGGCCAUGUCUUUGAAUGGCAACGAGAAGGUUAAUACUGAAAAGAUGGCAGCCAUGUGGAUGUAUGCCACUCAAAUGGGCACUCUGCCGCCGCCAACAAUCCGUAAAUUAACCCCGCCAUCCCGGCAAAUAAUGCUCAUUCCCUCCACGGCUGGAAGUGGGCUAGCCCCACCACCACCCACACGUAUGCCACCACAGCCACCGCCACCUGGCGCUGGAGCUGGUCUAUUGCUACCCGUGCCGCCGCCACUGAUGCCGGCUCAGUACCGGGGAAUGACACUGCCUUAUAUCCGAGCUGGACCACCGGGAGCUGGCAUGAUCUACGCCCAUCCGGCCAGCUUGAGUGGCACCUAUCGCACCCACAAGAGCACCAAGUCGGCGGAGAUGAAUGGCCAGCGACGACGCCGGCGUGCAGGUAAAUCGGAUGCCAAUCGGCGGCAGCGUCGCAAAUCGGAAGCGGAUGUCCUCGAUGGCGAGGGAGCACCGAAUUUCCAAUAUACCGGAUUGGACCGGGCCAUAGCCGAUAGCUUCCUGGCGCGACAGGAGCAAUCGCAGGCGGGCAGCAGUCACAUUGAUUAUUCGUCAUCCGCAUCCUCGGAUCUAUACGGCAAUCUGAGGUCCUCUUCCAAGACCAAGAUUGUCUGCCGGGAUGUGGUCAUGUAAUAUGGCAAUAUGGCAAUAUCGCAAUCGGAAGUUGAAAUUGAAACGAAGUCGAGGACAAAGUCCAAGUCGUAUCUUUAUAAUCCAUCGAUACCCUCUCUCCCCCUCCCCACAGCUAUUGUACAUAUAUCUUUUCCCCCGAAAAAGAAUCUUAAAAGUUUUCUGGAUUUGCUUCCUCUUCUAUAUUGAAUAUCUUUUCAAAACUCUAAAUCUAAAUCUCUUUCUCUUCCUAAUUUUAUUUUA